UUCACAUCGCUGUUGGUAGCGGCACGGAAAGGCAGAUAGCGUCGCUUCCUGAAAGUCCAAACAAAUCAUGCGUUAUUGCUGUUUUGUAUAAAAUUUUGAGACAGUUUGAGACAGUUAUUUGAAAUUGUUCAUAAAAAUACGAGACAGUUUGCAUAUCAAGAAUGGAUCAGCCGAUGCCCAAAAAUAAACUGAAGAAACUCAGUGAAGACAGUCUUACCAAGCAGCCAGAGGAAGUAUUUGAUGUUCUUGAGAAGCUUGGAGAAGGAUCAUAUGGCAGUGUGUUCAAAGCCAUUCAUAAGGAAUCAGGUCAGGUGGUGGCCAUCAAGCAGGUUCCUGUCGAAUCAGACCUGCAGGAGAUUAUCAAAGAGAUCUCCAUAAUGCAGCAAUGUGACAGUCCAUAUGUGGUGAAGUACUAUGGCAGCUAUUUCAAGAACACAGACCUGUGGAUUGUGAUGGAAUACUGUGGUGCUGGAUCCGUGUCUGAUAUCAUCAGGCUGCGAAAUAAAACACUUACUGAGGAUGAGAUCGCUACAGUCCUGAAGUCCACCUUGAAAGGUCUUGAGUAUCUCCAUUUCAUGAGGAAAAUCCACAGAGACAUCAAAGCGGGGAAUAUUUUACUCAACACAGAGGGACAUGCAAAACUGGCUGAUUUCGGAGUGGCUGGACAGCUUACAGACACAAUGGCUAAGAGAAACACAGUAAUUGGAACACCCUUCUGGAUGGCCCCUGAAGUUAUUCAGGAGAUUGGAUACAACUGUGUGGCAGAUAUCUGGUCUCUUGGUAUCACAUCUAUAGAAAUGGCUGAAGGAAAGCCUCCUUAUGCAGACAUUCAUCCAAUGAGGGCUAUUUUUAUGAUCCCGACAAACCCUCCACCCACUUUCCGGAAACCAGAGCUGUGGAGUGACGAAUUCACAGAUUUUGUGAAGAAAUGUUUGGUGAAGAACCCAGAGCAGAGAGCAACAGCCACUCAACUGCUCCAGCAUCCUUUCAUAACUAAUGCUAAGCCAGUAACCAUUCUACGAGACCUGAUCACAGAAGCUAUGGAGAUGAAGGCAAAGAGACAACAAGAGCAGCAGAGAGAGCUCGAGGAGGAGGAUGAGAACUCGGAAGAGGAAGUGGAAGUAGACUCCCACACUAUGGUAAAGUCUGGCUCGGAGAGCGCCGGCACCAUGAGAGCCACAGGAACCAUGAGCGAUGGGGCUCAGACCAUGAUCGAGCACGGCAGCACCAUGCUGGAGUCAGAUCUGGGCACCAUGGUCAUCAACAGCGAUGAUGAAGAAGAGGAGAUAGAUGUCGGGUCUAUGAGAAGAAAUCCGACAGCUCAGCAAGCUGGACGUCCAUCCUUCAUGGACUACUUCGACAAGCAGGAUUCCAACAAAGCACAAGAGAGUUACAAUCACAACCAGCAGGAUCCUUACGUGAUUAAAACCGCUUUCCCUGAUAACUGGAAAGUGCCACAAGAUGGAGACUUUGAUUUUCUAAAAAACCUGGAUUUCGAAGAGCUGCAGAUGCGUCUCAGUGCCCUGGACCCCAUGAUGGAGCGUGAGAUCGAAGAACUCCGACAGCGCUACACGGCCAAGAGGCAACCCAUUCUCGACGCCAUGGAUGCAAAGAAACGUCGGCAGCAGAAUUUUUAACUGAUUAACAGAAGAUGCUUACAAGCUGGCUGGCCAGAUCUUAAGUCCCACCCUGUGUUCAUUCUUUGCACCGACGCAUAUUAUUCUGCACUCCCGUUGUUUCUACAUUCUGAGAAGGUCCCAGUGGGUAUCAGAAUAGUGACGGAAAGUUAUUUUUGUUUAACAUAGAAUUCAGACGUUACAUUUGACAACAUUGAGCAGAAUAUCUCUCAUCCCUCUUUUAUUAUAAAGUUUUGGCUUUUUUCUUCUCUUCUCUUCUACUUCCAAAAACGAAUUCCGCCAUCUGUUAUACUUUCGUAAUACUGUAUAUUAAACCAUGCUGAAAAUAACUGAACGUUUAUUUGGCACAAUUCAUAAAACUGCUGGUUGGACUGAUAGUCAAUUUUAGGUGUGAAUGGAUUACUAAACCAAAGACAAUCGUAUUUCGAAAAUGCCUUAGAACGCUUGUUAACCCUCUUUUUAAAGCCACCAAAUUUAGGAUUCUGAUGUUGUGGGACCAUGUUACAGUAUAGAUGAGGUUGAGUCUAGUAUUAUCUUUACUGAUGAUAAUUUGGAGAGAACAAAAAGAGACCGUUACUGCAGCUCUCGUUCAUUUAUUUUUCCUUAAACAUAAAGAUUGAAAACAUCUGUCCACAGCUUUGUACAUAUGCAUGGCCUGUUUAUGCUGAAUGUCACAUUUUCUGUUUAGUUUUUUUUUCAUGUUUGUUCCCCUGUAUUCCCUUUACUGCCACUGGGUCCUUACAAGGCAGAUAUUUGUGUGAAGUUACUUUUUUCUGUGCCCCUUUUAAAAGUUCUUCACCUCAGGGGUUGCUUGGCUAUAAACAGUCUCCCUUCUGGUCUUUUAAAAAAAUCGAGUCAUUUCAAUGCUGAACAUCAUAUCUCAUGGUAAUGGGACCGUUUCAUGCAUACCUACCGAAAGCAAUACUUUAAAGACACGGUAAUAUAGUUCUAUCAAUUUUGCGUAUGGCCUCGUGAGUUUUUCCACGAGAAGGAUAAGUUGUUUUAAAUAGACUCUCACAAUGUUCAUGGCCUGUUUGUGAACUUUCUGCUGGCUGGCUGUCUAAAUCUGAGUUGGCUUGAUGUAUAGCCACUUAAUGGUUGCAUUGUUUUUGUACAAGAGCUUAAUGAUGAGAUAGUUAAGGAUGUUUGAAAUGCCUUACACGUCCUGCGGCGGUGAGUUAUAGGCUACGAGUUCCAUACUCUGACAUUUUUAUUGAACACUCUAAUUUAUUGUGCAUUAUUCAUAUUGUACUGUUAUUUUGUCGUUUUUGAAUAAAGGUCUGUUACUUGUCAUCUUACGCCUCGUCUGGUUUUAGUUAAUAUAC